UCCGUAGAAUCUGUCAGUCUUUCGGAGACCGGUAUUCGAUCUGGACGUAUCGGGCUGUGUUCAGUUCAGUUUAGUGUCACAUAGGUGUUGUUGAAGGGGCGGCCGACCAACCAACCACCCACCUGCCCACCUGCCGACGCUGUCCGAUUUUGGGAUGUGGAGGGGAUGAAGAAUUUGUUCGAUUGUGUCGGAACCUAGACGUCGGCGAACUGCAGUUUGGGGUAGGUCCUUCCGAACGCUGGCUGGAGAAUUAUCUUAAAGCCGGGUGGUGCCGCGUGGAAAUUAAACGUGUGAUUCACUAUCGGGGUCUUGUGAUUAAUUAAUUAGACAUUGUUAAAAUUGGAUCAAGUGUGCCGCUACAAGCUGAUGUGUGACAUGCUUUCGCAAUUAUGAGUUCAUGAGCGUACAUUUCUUCCAGCAUAAAUUAUUCCAAAGCAGAUCUAGCGGGUGAAUGCGAUAAGAGUUUUGAACGCGGAUAGAAUUCUACUCGAAAGACGGAAUGUUCUGAGCUGCAGCGACUCGGGUGUCAAGUACAGAACUUUCAUCUUAUCUCCGACUUCCGGUAGGUUAGGAGCACUGCAUUGGAACUAACUGUUAUUGUUUCCCUAAAUGGGCGCAACAUUUUGCGUCCAAGAACAGUAUCCAUACAAGAAGAAGAAUACAUUUAAAUUUAAAACAAAAAGGGAAAGCGUGUGGAAGACAGAAAAUCUAAGUUUAUAUUAUUGUUUCAUGGAUUAAAUCCUUUUGUGCAAACGAACAAUAAAACGAACGCAAAACUGCCUCAGCAGGAAAACCACAUACUGUUGUCGUUGGGUGGGCGGAAAAGGAUAAAGCGUAGCGAAAAAGAAAAGUGAUUAUUGUGCUGUAGUGGAUUUUGGUGGAUAAGCGGGAGGAUUGUGUACGGAAGAGGAGAAAGCCAUUCCCCGGUGUGUAUAAAUGUUUGAGGAUUUGCUGAAUUUACAAUCGUCUGUGUAAAGACAACAGAGAGAAGGUUGUCUAACGGUGGCGUUUUAAUCGCGGUCUGUUGAUUCGAUCCCGGCUUACCGGGCUUCUCCAUCGAGCGAGACUAAUACAUAAAUCGUGUUCCGUGAUAGUGAGCGAGAGCAAGGAUACCAGGACGGAAGCUAGUCCUUCGUGGAACAGUCCAAUCUGUGAGUGGAGACACGAGAAACAGACAGACAGACAGCCACUUGGGGACAGAAAAUUGGGAACCUUAAUUCGGAGAAACAAAAUUAGUGCGAGAGUGAAUCCGAUCAAAGCUGGUAUCUGACGUAUCCGUGACAAUAUCAACUCGAAAAUGUACCGAUUGAUGACAGCUACCGUAAUAUGGCGGCGUCGGCACGAUCAUAUCGGGUCAGCACUGUUCGUACUAGUUUUACUUUUCAUGGCACAGGUGACCGUCACCGAAGCGAUGGGCUGCCCACAGAAAUGCUCCUGUCAGCAACGUACGGUACGAUGCGUCAAGCAGCAGCUCGAUCGUAUUCCGGAAAUGCCACCCGAUACCAAUAUUAUAGAUCUUCGCUUCAACCGCAUUCGAGAGGUACCGUCGGAUGCGUUCAUCAAUCUGGCCCAUCUGCAUACCGUGUUCUUGAAUGAAAACCAAAUCUCCCGGAUACAUCCAUUUGCGUUCCGUAGUCUUCCGUCGCUCAAAUAUUUGUACCUCAAUAAGAACAAAAUCGCAGAUAUUGCUCCCAAUGCAUUCGAGUCGCUGGAUCGAUUACAGAGCUUAUAUUUACAUUUCAACAAUAUUACCGCGUUCGAGAGGCAAACCUUCUCCAAUAUGCCAGCGCUAGAACGAUUAUUCCUGUUCGGGAACCAAAUCAGACACAUCCCCCAGGAUAGUUUUGAGGGUUUACCGGCGUUGAAGCGAUUACUUUUGGACGAUAAUCCGUUGGAAUGCGACUGCUCGCUGGUGUGGUUCGUGAGGAUGCUGCAGCAAUCCGAGCGGGCUCUUCUGCUAUCCAGUGGAUGUGGAUCGCCUAAAGCUCUAGCCGGGAAAAGUGUUACCGAUCUAACCGAAGAGGACUUCCACUGUACUAAACCGGAGAUUGUGAACGAACCGAAAGAUAUCGAGAUAAGUUACGGCCAGACGGCGGUGUUCACGUGCAAAGCCGUCGGCGAUCCCCGACCGGAAAUUGUGUGGAUGCUGAACACGAACGAAAUUCACUCGGACGAUACCCGAAUUAAUGUGCUGCCGGAUGGUUCACUGCGGAUCGAUGAAGUCACCGCCACCGAUGCCGGCCACUACGAGUGCAUGGCCAAGAAUAAUAUGGGCGAAGUGCAGUCCCGGCCGGCGCGUAUGAUUGUCAACAACGAGGUCAUCGAAACGGAAGCCGAGGCUCCGAAGUUUAUACAAACUCCGCCCGCCGAACUGGAACUGACCGAGGGACAGCCGGUUGUGCUGCACUGUGUGGUGUCAGGUGCUCCAACACCGAGCAUAAUGUGGAAAUUCAACAACCAAAAUAUCCAGAACGGACGCAUCAAACUGUUCGGUAAUGGGUCACUGAUUCUACCGGUGGCAACUCUGGACGAUGGAGGCAUGUACAGUUGCUACGCCGGAAACGCAAUCGGAAACGUGUCUGUCAAUGCCACCAUACGCGUCAACGCGCUUUCGCAUGCACCAUCAGCUUUUCCGACGGCUCUGGCUGAGUCUUUUUCAUCGUCUGAUCCGAUUACAACACCACGGAGUUCGUCAUCAUCAUCAUCAUCGCCGUUAACCAUUCACCCGACUACUACUAUUGAAAUAAUCGCAACAGCUGUACCACGAUUUACGCUGGACCCGGAAAAUGUAACGGCCAAAACUGGUGCCCACGUAACGCUCGAAUGCGAAGCGGACGGAAAUCCAUUGCCGCACAUCUGGUGGAAGCGCAACGGCCAACCGCUGGCAGAAACCAAACGGAUAUACUUCAGCGACGAUAACAUCGAGCUGACCAUCGAACACGUGAAGCAGUCUGAUUCGGGAACCUACGUGUGUGUCGCCGAGAACGAAUUGGGUAGCGUCGAAUCGUCUGCUGAAUUGACCGUGCAGAGUGAUGUUGGAUCACCGAAAUUCCUCUUCGAACCGUACGAUUUGGAAGCCAUCGAAGGGACGACCAUUGAACUGCCUUGCAAGGCCGAGGAGGACGCCAUUCUGCAGAUCAAAUGGCGAAAGGACGGCCGAACGCUAACCCAAACCGACAAGUAUCGUUUAUCAUCGACCGGCAGUCUGUCCAUCUCUAAUCUCACCGAAACCGACCGGGGACGGUACGAGUGCUCGCUGUUGAACCAGUACGGACGAGCAACGGCCAGUGGUUUGUUGACAGUGAAGAAAAAGCUGGAACUGCUUCCCGGUGACCAGUUCGUCAGGAUCGCCAUUGCCGAAGCCUCCCGCGAGGUCGAUCUUGCCAUCAACCAAAGCAUCGUGAAACUUUUCUCCGGAAACGGUACCAAGGCGCAACAUCACGGAGAUCUGUUUCGUAUCGUUCGUUUUCCGACCGGUCCUGCUCGAGAGCUCGCCCGUGCUGCGGAAGUUUACGAACGCACCCUGGUAAACAUACGCAAACACGUUGCCUCCGGAAGCAGUUUGAUGACGAACACGACGGAUUUCAACUAUAACGAUCUGCUCUCCCCGGAUUAUUUAGAUCUGUUGGCUCAACUUUCCGGCUGUAUGGCCCAUCGGGUCACACCGAACUGCACGGAUCUUUGUUUUCACGCCAAAUUUCGUACGUUAGACGGUUCAUGUAACAACUACAAAAAUCCUACGUGGGGAUCUUCUUUAACGGGUUUCCGACGACUGUUGCCUCCAAUUUAUGAAAAUGGUUUCAACAUGCCGAUCGGCUGGAACAGAACAGCCCUGUAUCAUGGAUUCCCGAAACCAAGUGCGCGACUUGUGUCGACUAGUUUGAUAUCCACUAACGAGAUUACAUCGGACGAUCGAAUCACCCACAUGGUGAUGCAAUGGGGUCAAUUCCUAGAUCAUGAUCUAGAUCACGCGAUCCCUUCGGUAAGCUCGGAAAGCUGGGACGGUGUAGACUGUAAAAAGACGUGUGAGUACGCAGCGCCAUGCUAUCCGAUUGAAAUUCCGGAAAACGAUCCGAGAGUUCACAAUCGUCGCUGUAUUGAUUUUGUGCGAUCGAGUGCUGUGUGCGGAUCUGGCAUGACCUCGAUAUUCUUCGGAACCAUACAACCUAGAGAACAGAUCAAUCAACUGACGGCUUUUAUCGAUGGAUCGCAGGUUUAUGGAUACUCGGAGAGCUUUGCAAGGGAUUUAAGAAAUUUGACGACCGACGACGGAUUGCUCCGAGAGGGACCACACUUCCCGAACCAAAAAUCGUUACUGCCAUUUGCGGCACCAACCGAUGGAAUAGAUUGCAGGAGAAAUUUGGAUGAGAGUACGGUGAAUUGCUUCACAGCUGGUGACAUUAGAGUUAACGAACAGCUAGGACUGUUGUCUAUGCACGUCAUUUGGUUCAGAGAACACAAUCGGAUCGCUAGUGAGUUAAAAAAAAUUAACCCUCAUUGGGAAGGUGACAAGAUUUAUUUCGAAACUAGAAAGAUCGUUGGAGCGGUUAUGCAACAUAUAACAUAUUCCCACUGGCUUCCGGAGAUUAUUGGUGUUCGUGGCAUGGCAGCACUUGGAGAAUACAGUGGAUACAGUUCGGAGGUAGAUCCAUCAGUUUCUAAUGAAUUUGCCACAGCUGCUUUGCGCUUCGGACAUUCACUGAUCAAUCCGAUUCUACAUCGUUUAAAUGAAUCUUUCGAACCGAUACCUCAGGGUCAUAUUCCUCUACAUAAGGCAUUCUUUGCUCCCUGGCGAAUCGUCUACGAGGGAGGAGUGGAUCCGCUUUUGCGAGGCUUAUUUUCAGUUCCAGCCAAAUUGAAGAAACCAGACCAGAAUUUGAACACUGAUCUAACGGAAAAGUUGUUUGAGACGGCCCAUGCAGUAGCAUUGGAUUUGGCGGCCAUAAACAUCCAACGUUCAAGAGAUCAUGCUCUGCCUGGCUACAACGAUUACCGAAAGCUCUGCCAUAUGAAAGUAGCUGAUUCGUUUGAUGAUCUUGCACGAGAGAUUACAAGUGACUCAAUUCGUAGCAAACUAAAAGAACUCUACGGCCAUCCGGACAACAUCGACUUGUGGGUUGGAGGUAUUCUCGAAGAUCAAUUACCCGGAGCAAAGGUCGGACCUCUGUUCAUGUGCUUGCUAGUGGAACAAUUCAAUAAACUGCGAGAAGGAGAUCGCUUCUGGUACGAGAAUGAACAAUUCAAACCGGAACAGUUAGCUCAGAUUAAGAAGACCACACUGGGACGAUUGCUAUGUGACAACGGAGAUAACAUUACCCGUGUAACCGAGAAUGUGUUUGUGCUACCAAACAAGCAAGGUGGCUACAAGUUUUGCGAUCAGAUUCCUCAGAUGGAUUUUGAACACUGGAUUGACUGCAGCAGCUGUUCGAGGGACCACAAACGGUACACUCCCCUAUCGCGACAACGAAGAUCUACACGCAACAAAAGAGAUAUAAAAACGCAGCUAUCGAAACAAUCGUUGUCGGAGAACCACCUGGACGAGGACUCCUUUAUUGAUGAUGACAUGAAUGAGGAACGGAUUGAGGGACUUGAAUCAUUGAUAGAAAGCUUCCAAAAAUCGAUGAAACAGAUGCGACGGAAGAUUCGGCGGCUGGAACAACAAUGUUCGGCCGCCGUCGCUGCUGCUGCCUUGGCCACGAAUGGAAGUGUAAGUCCAAUGAAAGGUAAACCCCAUGGGCACUGCGUCGACAACAAGGGUAUUAAACGACUCAACAACGAAAUCUGGAUGCGAGAUGAUUGUACCAAGUGUGAAUGCGAGCAUCACCAGAUAAGCUGUGAGACAGAGAAAUGUGCGGAAAUGAUCUGCGAGAAUGGACUGGUACUGAUGAAGGAGGAUGGCAAAUGCUGUUCUAUGUGUGCCGUAGACGACAGUGAACCAGUUGUGACCGUUAAAGAAGAUCAGUGAGCGAAAUUUCUCAUCAGGAACUGAUUGACAGUGAUUCUGCGUUGAAGGUGUAGAGUUUAGAUUUCGAGUUCGAAGUUGGUAGCGUUCUUUGGAUGUUCAGCUAAAUAUUAAGUUCAUUCUACAUUUUUCAGUAACCGAAAUAGAGUUUGGUUUAAUAUUUGUUCCGAAUAAAUCACCAUUGUAAAAGGAUUUCAUUCUUAAAUUCAGAUUAAAAAAUAACUCCAAAUGGCUAUAUACAUAUCUACAACACAUCUAAAACAUUUUUUUUUGUAUUUCAACAAAACAAAUUCAACCAGUAGGAAAUCAAAAUAACAUAACAAUAGCAUGCAGAUUUUACUUCAAUAGAUUGAUCAAAAAUAAAUCAAAUUUAAUGGCUCAACGUCGAACUAAUUCCUAUCUCGGGAGAAAAAAAAUACUUAUAACUUGUCUUACACCAUUUAGCAGUGAGUUGCCAUAAAUCAAAAAUCGAAUCGAAACGGGGGAAUUAGACAUGGUUAAAAAAUUUCUCGGCAUGAUAUGAAUUGGUUUAAAAAUCUCCAACACAAUCUUCAUUGUGAGUAUCAAAAACACACGGUACGACUCGAAUUUGAACCCAUGAACCAAACUUUCCUUCAAAUUUGAUUAGUAUUACACAUUUAAGCAGUUUUGUACUUUUAGGAUUCGGUUUUGAACCUAAAAACGACUAGUGCUGAUUCUGAGAAAAAAAAACAUUCUUCUGCAUAGAACUUUCAACAGACGAUUGAAUCAAAUCUAGGAUUUAAAGGUAUAUCAAAACAGACGAAUUUUGAUCAAAUGUCAUUAGAUUCAAGCGAAGAAAACCAAUCUAGAUGAUAAGUCGUGAUACCAAAAAUCUGACAAUGAAUUAUCAACCAGUAAUAGCAGUAGUAAGUUACACAAGUUUCACCGAGCUCGGUACAUCAAAUUGGGUAUAAUACUUAGGAUAAAAUUUCACAAAUCCCAUUAAACAAAACAUAAACAUGAUUCGACUCAAUAAAAAAAACAGUUUUAUUCACUUUUCGAAUUACCUUUGAA